AUGGGAAUAUUAAAAGGAAAAGAUAUUGCAUUAGAACAUAUGGAAAAAUCAAAAAUUGCUUUUGUAGCAACAUUAUCUGAAGUUGAAAAAGGACCAUCAACACAUUCAAUGCCACCAAAAGAUCAUUUUACAUUAAAAUUUGAUCGAGAUUCAAUUAGAAAUUUAAAAGGACGUGUUUAUGAAAAUAUGAAACAUUAUAUAUAUGAACAAAUAGGUGAAAGCAUUCCCGUAUUUAUUAAUAAUAAAGAAGUUG